UAGAUGGUGGUUGUUCAUAAUCCCGUUUCGGAUCUUGUUUUUCCCCAUUUGAAUUAUUUGCUCUGCGAUAACACAAUUUCUUCAUCUUGUUCGACUCUGUUUCUUCAAUUUUCUCAUUCGAAAACCAAAUCUCCAUCCAGGGCCACGAUGUUGCUGAUGGUUCUUCUAAUUGCAUUCAUGACAAUUGUCGUGGAUGCUGAUCCUGGACGAGAAAUUUCGGCUGCCGAAGAACAAUCUGGGGUCACUCAGUUAAACCUGACAAAAAGUGACCAAGAUGACCCCGUGAUGGAAAUUAGGGAGAAACUGCACCGUCUGAAUGACACACUCCACAAGGUAGGUCUUGACAGUCGAAUGCAGCGACAAUCAAUUGAACGAUUAAUCUCUCAAUUCGACCUGGAAACUGUUCAACCGCAAAACCGAAAACGAAAGAGCGUGCUGAAAAAAGACAGAGUGAUAGUCUCGAAGAUACUCGACGGGUUUGAAGAAAACAUUGCCGAGAUCUCAAAUUUUGACAAGUCAACUAACUUAGAGAAAGUGGGUAUGAUGUGUGAUCUGUCAAAAACAUGUGGCAAAAUUUUUGACUUCUUGCCAGACGAAUCUGGAUUAACAGGAAAACUAAAAACAUCAUUUGCUGGCCUCGGUAGUUCAAUUUUGGGACAGUUCUCUAAAAAAAAUCAAAAAUCUCUAACUUAUAUUUUGAAGGAGGCAGUUGAAAAUGUGAAAAAUGCAACUGCAGAAAAAAUUGACCAGCAAACUAAAAAUCUUGAAAAAAUUAUAUCGGUGACUACUGAAGAUGCAAAAAACGCGAUUGUUGAUAAAGUCGACGAACAAACUGAAAAACCGGAAGAUUUUGAAUCGGAAACAAUUGAAGAUGGAAAAAAAGCAGACAACCUGGCAAAAUUUGAAGGCGAGAUAACCGUGAUGAUUGAAAGACAGGAGCUUCUGACCGGUUUGAUUACAAUGGAUCGUAAUCUGACCAAAUUUGAAUUGGAUAUGCUCUCUGGCGAGCAGUGGCAUUCUGCAGGCGCCGGCUUUUUAGGAGCUUUAAAAAGCCUUAUAGAAGAAGAAUUGACGACCGAGGACAAAAUAACAGCAGAACGAGUAGCCAGGCCAACCGACAGAUUUGGACUUGCAAGAACAAAGAGAUGAAAAAGCGCUACAGCUGUUGAAUCAAUUGACAGAACUUGAAAAAUCGAACUGCUGUUCGAAUUUGGUAUAUUGGCAAUUUGCGCAACCUGAAAUACGUCUAAUUCAAAGCUUCUAUGAAUCUCUGGGCGGACUGCAGCUCCAAUCCAGAAUACCACAACAUGCCAGAAGCGUUCAGACAAUACAGCAACGAUUCGACUACGCCAGAUUGUUGAAUCAUCAAGAAAUUGUCGCACUC